AUGACGAUGCUAGAAGGCGAGAUCUGGACCUGGUAUGGUCUAUCGUGGGUUAUUGUUGUCGCCAGAAUGGUAUCACGACGCAUGUUGCUGGGUUCAAUUAAAAAGAUGGAAGUAGAGGAUUACUUGAUGAUAUUAGCCAUGCUCACCGAUACAAUCCUCAUGGUCGGCAUGUCCAUUAUUUCUCAAACGAGUAGUAACCUCAUCGACCCCAACGAAAAAGUAGUCCUCGACGCAACGGAAAUCGCCACACGAGUAUACGGUUCAAAAUGGGUUGUGGUAGUCGAGCAGAUGCAGAUUCUUACCAUUUGGUUAAUGAAGGCUUGUUUGUUGCUCAUGUACAACCGCCUCACGAUGAGUUUGAGUCAGAAUUUGGCUGUCAAGUUUGUCGCUGCUUAUACCGCUGCGGGUUUUGUCAUUAUGGAGAUUCUUUACUUGGGAGUUUGGUGUAGACCAUUCAACCAGUACUGGGCUGUACCUCCAGAGAACACACAAUGUUCUGCUGCGACAAACCAUCUCAUCACGAACGCCGUUAUUAAUAUCACGUCCGAUAUCAUGAUUAUUCUUAUUCCCAUGCCCAUUUUCCUCAAAUCUCAGCUCCCUUUGAAGCGAAAGGCAGUUCUUAUUGGCGUGUUUGCAUUGGGUGCAUUCACUAUCCUUUCUGCCAUUCUCAACAAGUUCUACAGUUUCAACGAACCCUUUGGAUCUAACUGGACAUUUUGGUAUAUCCGAGAAUCCUCCACAGCCAUCAUCACCGCCAACCUCCCUUACAUCUGGACCCUUCUUCGCCGUAUCUUCAAACUCGGUUCAUUCAGCGGAUCAACCUACGGCAAGAGUACCAACAAUCCCUCAAAAGCUUACCGAUCAAACUUCACCAACCAUCGCUCCGUCGUUCGAUCUCAGAUCCGCGCCGACCACGCUCUCCACCAGGUCGAUAGUGAGGAAGAGAUCAACGGUUCUUACGCACUACCUCUCAAGAUCUACGCCAAGCACGAGGUUCAAAUCACCAGCGAAGAAGCAGGCCCAGAUGACAGAAAUAGAAGAGGACCUGUGGGAUGUAUUCCUGAUGAAUUGAUGAGCCGUAGCAAGGACAGCAUACGGACUGAUGAUCCAGAGACAAACUCUGAAAGAUCGGCAGCAGGUGUUGUCAAGGUGUUUCACGGAGUAUAG